AUGCUCUUUUCGUUGUCUUUCUCGCUCUGGUCUGUUGCCAUUUUCCUGCUGGCGACGGCUCUCUUCAGAUACCGACGGCUGUGCUCCAUUCCGGGGCCUCUCCUGGCAUCAUUCACGGACCUCUGGAGGUUUUCUGUCACACAGUAUGGAGGGUUCUCACACACACUCAAAGAACUCCAUAAUCAGUACGGGCCGUUGGUGCGAAUUGGUCCCAACACCGUGAGCGUCUCCGACCCUGCCGCGGUUCCUAUGAUCCAUUCGAUGCACGGGGAGUUCAGAAAGGUAUGCAAGGUGCCCACCCCUGCCAGCCUGCUUCGACUGACGCCCAUCCGUGAUGUCAAGGCCCAGUCUUAUACGACUUUGAGAGCCCUUGUGAACGGGAGAGUCCUCGGCACGGUGAUUGAUAUUUUAGACGAGGACGAAGUGUCGGCUCUCAAGCGGGCAGUCGGAAGCGCCUUCGCAGCCAAGAAUCUGCUGGAUUAUGAGCCCGAUGUAGACCAUGCUCUCGAGACACUCGUGCAGGUCCUUCGCAAGUCCCGAACGGCGACACUGUUUGACGUUAUGCAGCAAUUCCAAGUCGACUUUCUCCUGAAGGCGGCCUUCAGCAAACAGACGGAUUAUCUGGAAACCGGACGAUCCGUCGCCCCGGUCUCGGCCUAUGCGAGACUGGUACAUUGGGGCCGUUGGCAAAGCGUGCCCGCGCUCGAGAAGCUCCUUUUCAAGUCUCCGCUCUGUUGGACAUGGUACAGCAGACAGACCGCAAAACCCCAGGCGUGGACGGCCAUGGCCAUCGAAGAGUUCAACAAGCGAAAGUACAAAGCGGAUGAGGGGUUUGUGAGUGAUGCCAGUGAAAAGCCUGAUCUCAUGGCCAAAUACCUGGACGGACGCAAUCGGCACAAGGACCGCGUCUCAGACGAAACCAUCCUGAGGAUGAUCUCGAGCACCAUUGCCGCUGGCUUUGACACUUCGGCCUUCACCAUGACCGCCAUCCUCUACUACCUGGUCAAGUAUCCCGGGGCAAUGAAGAAGCUGCGCUCCGAGAUCGACGAGGCGCUCAACGCAGGACGACUGUCCCCCCAGCCACGAUUCGUCGAGACAGACAGGCUGGACUAUCUCGGCGCCGUCAUCAAAGAGACCAUGCGCAUGCAGCCCUUCGUCCGAGUCCCGCUGGAAAGAGAGGUUCCUCCGGAGGGGGCCGAGAUCGCUGGGACGUUCCUCCCGGGCGGUACCAUAGUGGGCGUGUCUGUCUGGAAUGCGCAUUUCGACCGCACCGUCUUUGGGAAGGACGCCGACGAGUUUAGACCCGAUCGUUGGCUGGAGCCUGACCACCAGCGCCGACUCAUGAUGGAGAGGACCGUGCUCGGAUUCGGAGCCGGCAAACGCGUCUGCAUUGGCAGACACAUUGCCGAGCUGGAGAUGAAGAAGGUGAUCCCGAGAAUCCUGCUCGAGUUCGAUGUGAGUAUCAAAAGUCCACACCAACUUCACUGCCUCGCUCCCUCCAUCCAUCCCGUCUUCCCCAAUCCUUUCCUUGCCUUGCACGUAGAUGGACCAUCCAUGCUGAGAGGUCGCCUUCCUUCGCUGACUGUGGCAUUCUGA